UUGUUGGGGGAAGAGAAGCUCACGAGCUCAGCUAGUCGGCUCUGCAAUCAUUGAGGGACGCCAGCACCACCACCGCGGUCGUCCAAUUUGUUUUUGCCUUCUGUCGCCUUCGAUACUCGGCGGCUACGAGCACGCCUCGUUCGGUUCAGCACCAAGCGCCGGCUGGAUGUGGAUUUAACCUAACUGCCGCUUGGGCUCCGCAGGCCUCGCCGCCGCCAUUGCCAGUCCUGCUCCUCUCCUAAAGCUGAGUUCUUGAGAAUACCGAGCAUCUUGCGCGGCAUGAAGAAGAAAGCCCGCCACCAGCGCCCGGCGGCGCUGAAGAGGGACUCUUCGCCCAUCAAGCCGUCGCCCAACCGGGAAACGCUGACGUACGCGCAGGCCCAGCGCAUGGUGGAGCUGGAGGUGGACGGCCGCAUGCACCGGCUAAGCAUCUACGAAAAGCUGGACAUUAUCGGCGACGACGACCCCACGGCGCAGGAGAUCCUCGAGUGCAACAGCAACAAGGAGAACAGCGAGAAGCCCCAGCAGGUCCUGGUGCGCUCAGUGCGCCUCAAAAACAGCCAGCGCAAGAAGAACGUCACGUUGGCGCCCCCGCACGGCACUGCCCAGGUCGCCGCCCUGCUGGAGCCUAAAGUCAGAACGGUGGAGUACAACCUUCCCGUGGUGCCCAAAAGGCCGCCGGCGUACUACAAGUACACGGAGCGGACGGCGGAGGAACUGGACGAGGAGGUGGAGUACGACAUGGACGAGGAGGAUUACGCCUGGCUAGAGCUGCUCAACGAGAAGCGCAAGAGCGAAGGCAUCAGCCAGGUCUCCAACAACCUCUUCGAGUUCCUCAUGGACCGCUUCGAGAAGGAGUCGUACGCUGCCACGCGGGGCCAGAGCGAGCUGCGGUCGCUGGUGGACGAGGACGCCGUGUGCUGCGUGUGCAUGGACGGUGACGGCGCCGACAGCAACGUCAUCCUCUUCUGCGAUGCCUGCAACAUCGCCGUGCACCAGGAGUGCUACGGCGUGCCCUACGUCCCCGAAGGCCAGUGGCUGUGCCGCCACUGCCUGCAGUGCCCGGCGAGACCCGCCGACUGCGUCUUCUGCCCCAACCGGGGCGGCGCGCUCAAGAAGACAGAUGACGGUCGCUGGGGCCAUGUGGCUUGCGCACUGUGGGUCCCCGAGGUGGGCUUCUCGGACACGGUGUUCAUCGAGCCCAUCGACGGCGUGCACAACAUCCCGCCCGCUCGCUGGAAGCUGACGUGCUACCUGUGCAAGGAGAAAGGGGCGGGCGCCUGCAUCCAGUGCGACCGGGUCAACUGCUACGCUGCCUUCCAUGUCAGCUGUGCCCAGAAGGCCGGCCUCUUCAUGAAGAUGGAGCCCGUCGGGGAGGAGACGCCGCCCGGCGCCUUCUCCGUCAAGAAGACUGCAUACUGCUGCAGCCACACGCCCGACGGCUGCGACCGGCGCCCGCUCAACAUCUACGAGCGGCCGCACCCCAAGAACGGCACCUGCCACAAGCGUGGCGACAGGCGCGGCAGGGCCCGCGCCAAGGCCUGGUACAGGAAGCGCAGCAAGCGGGCGGAGCCCGCUCCCCAACCGCAACUGGAAUCUGAGGGCCCUGGCAAUUGUGGACCCACUAUCGCCGCCUCCAGUUUGGACACCAUCCUUAACCAGGUGGCGGUCCAGAGGAAGCGACCAUUUGUGGAGCGCGUUCUAAGCUACUGGGUGCUGAAGCGGCAGUCCAGGAACAACGUGCCGCUCAUCCGCCGCCUGCAGGCCAACCCGCCCCAGCCGCCCAAAUCCACGUCGGCGGAUCGCGCGGAGAGCAACCAGGUGCUGAAGGAGCAACUGAAGGAGUGGCACCGACUCCGACACGACCUGGAACGCGCGCGACUGUUGCUGGAGCUCAUCAGGAAGCGAGAGAAGCUCAAGAGGGAGGAGAUGAAGCUGCAGCAGUCGGCGCUGGAGGUCCAGCUGACGCCCUUUAACAUCCUGCUGAGGGCCGUGCUUGGCCAGCUACAGCAGAAGGACCAGUACAACGUCUUUGCUCAGCCCGUCAGCACCAAGGAGGUCCCAGACUAUUUGGACCACAUCAAGCAGCCCAUGGAUUUCUCCACCAUGAGGACGCGCAUUGACGGCCACGCCUACCGCAGCCUGGACGACUUUGAGGCCGACUUUGACUUGAUCAUCGCCAACUGCAUGAAGUACAACGCAAAGGAGACCUUCUUCUACAAGGUGGCCCAGAGGAUGCAGGACAACGGCGGCGUCAUCCUGCGCCGCGCCCGCAAGGAGGCCGACCGGAUCGGCUUCGACUUCCCCAGCGGACUGAUGCUUCCCGAGGCCCCCAAACUGGAGGUGCCCCCGCCCUUCACCUGGGAUGACGUGGACCGCCUGCUGAGCCCCUCGUACCGGCGCCUGACACCACUGGAGGAUCAGCUGAAGGAGCUCCUAGAGAAGCUGGACCUGAGCACAGCCAUGAAGAACAGUCCGUCUCGUAGCAAGAGGCUCAAGCUACUCAAGAAGACCAUCAUGGAGGUCCGUAGCGAGAUGAGCCUCAAAAAGUCUUUGCCACCGUCGCAACCGGUCGCUGCCCAACCGGCAGAGCGACCGCCGCCCGAACCUCCGGAGUCUCCCUGCGCUCCCGAAGUGAACAGCCCCACUCCACCGAGGUUAGAACCUCCCAUGUUGGCGACGCAAGCAGAAGCGCCGCCGCCCUACCUGGGACCGCCCUCCCUGAAGCCGGUGACGCACGCCCCCACAGAGCCGGGCGACGUCACUUGCACCUCAGCUACCUCAUCGCCCUGCCCCAAGCUCAACGGGCACCUCUGCAUUGGCCACGAAACUGAGCGAAGGACCAACGUCCUCUUCCGCAAGUCCAAGAGCGUCAGUCCGCAGAAGCCACCCAAAGAUCAGGAAGUGUCCGCCGUCCCCUCGCCAUCUUCGCCCCCGCCGCUGGGCGCCAAGACCUUCCUGUCGGUGGUCAUCCCUCGACUGGAGACGCUCCUGCUGCCCAAGAAGAGGCCGAGGAGCAGCAGCGUUGACGGCGAGGAAGACGAGGAGUCGCCCAUCAAGCGUCUGGGCACAGGGAUCGCCAACGGUUUUGUGGUGGAGGAGGAGGAGCAAGCGGUAGCCUCGCCACCUCGAAUGCUAGAGCCUCGACGCCGCUGCGCGUCCGAGUCCAGCAUUUCUUCGGGGGGCAGCGCCCUGUCCGGAACCAGUACCGGAGUAGUCUCCAAAAGUGGCAAAGGGCGACCGGCGGCGGCUCGACGCAACACAGUGGACGACAAAAGUGUUCAUACGUCCUGCGCCGAGAACGCAGAGUUCAGCCACACUGUCAAGGUCUCAGUCAGAUACUCCUCGCGCGGCCUUCUUUGGCUCGGCGACGAAGGUGGACACUCGGCGGGCUGUCUGGCGAUCACCGACUUUCUCCAGCCUGCUCUGCUCGUGCUCAAGGCGUGGAAGCCCUCAGCCACCUUCCCCUUUGUCGUGGAGCCUCUUAAGAUAGUUUGGGCUAAAUGUAGUGGAUAUCCCUCCUAUCCCGCCCUGAUCGUGGACCCGCGAGCGCGGAGGACGGGCCGGCCGCCCCGGCGCCAGAGCAGCGGGGCUGCGACGGGGGCGGAGCUUCCCCGCCCGCCGCGGGACGUGCUACGAGCCGGCGAGCGGAUGCAGUUCAGGUCCGCCGAGAAACUCUUCCUCGUCCACUUCUUCGACAGCAAGCGCAGCUGGCAAUGGCUUCCUAGAUCCAAGAUGUCCCCGUUCGGCGUGGACCGCGGUCUGGACCGGGUCAAGCUGCUGGAGUCCCGCCGCUCUCACCUGCAGAAGUCGGUGCGGCGAGCCUUCGAGCGGGCCACGAAGCACCUCGACCUCCACGGCGGCCGGCGGGAGAGCGACGCCCGCUGAACGCCGACGGCGGCCGCCUCCAGUCGCCUCGUCACUCCUGGUUUUGGUUUGUGUCGGCCGCCGUCGCCGCGUCUGGCUCCUCGUGCACAAACAUCUGAUGUACUGUAGCCUGCGGCGGCCGUGUUGUUUUGUCCCCAGACCUAUGCAACGCCAACACCGCGACCAAACAACCAAACGACCAACCUACCAACGAAUGUGCCCAUGAGACCGCCUCACAUGUGCUGCAACUAUCUGUCACCGCUGGGCGUGUGCGCACACGCGUGUACGUGAGUGUAUGUCUGGGUGUUUGUGCGCAAGUUUCUAUGUACGUGUGUGAGCGUGAAUGUAUGCAUGUGUGUCUGUAUUCUUUUGUGCACAUGCGUUUGUAUGUAAGUUAGUGUGUCUGUACGUGUUUAUAAAUGUGUACGUGUGUUUGCAUGUGUCUGUGUGCGAAUCUAGGUGUGCAUAUUUUUGCGCACGUACGCAUGCAUGUCUAAGGAUGGAUGUGUGUACAUGUGUCUGCUUGUCUUUGUACACAGGAGUGUGUGUGCUUAAGAGUGUCUGUGUGAAUGUGCGUGUUUUCACAUGCAUCUGUAUGUGGGUGAGCGUCUUCGUACGUGUGUGCGCACGUCUGUCAGCUGGUGUAAAUAAAGAGGUCCUUACGUGACACUAAUUUAUUCGUUUCUAAUCGGACAUUCUGAGGCGACAAAGGACGCCGCCAUCUUGUGGUGCUAUCUCAUUCAUCAUGUAUCGGUUUUUUGCUUUCUUUAAAUUUGUACUUUUUAAUUUUUUUUUUAAGUUAUUGACUUUUCAAGCUAUGACGUCUUUGGCAUUAAUUUAGUUUGUUUUAUAAAGUAUGUUUUUACAGUACUACUCAUUUGUACAUAUUUAUAUCAAAUCUAUAGAGACGCACUUGUUUGAAGCGCCGCAAAACAAAUCAUCAGCAGUCUCCACACAAGUUCAAUUAUUUUACCGAAGUGUUUUGUUUAUUUUGGGCCUUUGUGUGUUUUUGGAACUAGUGGAGUGAGCGGAAAUGUGCCUGUGCUUAUUUAUUGUGAAGUGGAUCAUGUAUAAAUGUAAAUGUAUAUGAUUGACUUUCUAGUCAGACGACAGUGGGGGCACAUUUCAAACGAGGCGGUAGGUAGUGUCCGUGAUUUUGAUUUGACAGGGUGGAGCGCUUGCUGGCUUGACUUCCCUGUAUUCUUUGUGUGUGUGUGUGUGUGUGUGUGUGUGUGUGUGUGUGUGUGUGUGUGUGUGUGUGUGUAAAUAGUUUUGGUACUUUAGCUCUGGGAAUUUAAGUCAUUAUAGCCAACGGGAGUGGAAACCAGCUUUUUUUUAAUUUUUUUUUUUUUUUUUUUUUAUACUAAAACACUGAAAAAUUAAAAUCUGUAUUGAAUCACUGA